GGGGUCAUCUAGAAUGAUUUGAGCCGGCCCGCAGAUUUCUAAAGAUAGAGCCCUAAGUAGGUCAGUGGCCAGUGGAGACGGAGACUCCCUGGGAGACAGACGUGAUCUCAGAUGCUCUCAUAGUUCUAGUCAUUGUUGUACGUAGGUUUAGGAAGCAGAUUAAAAGGAGUUCCCCUCCAGUUACGCGUUGGAGUCUUGGACUGAGUCGGUUCCCUGACACGUGGUGUACAGAAGUGGUGAUCAUCGCUGACGGCAAAAAGUAGGCGAGAACUCACUCAAGAAGGACAGAAGGAGGGAGAGGAACUGUGAGUAAUUUGUGAUCAGGAUUGAGCUGUCAGGAUCAAGUGCAAGUGCGUAGGUUUGCAUGAUAACAGUCAGACAAGAGAAGGGAUUCCGAAGAACAGUUGGACUCUUCUAGCUUUGCAUUUGUUGGUCUGGGCUGUGCAUGCUUAGAGAAGAACACAUCUGGAUUGAGUUUUCUGUGGAGCCGGGAAGGAACAUUCCAGAGUGCCGGCGGUCAGACGGGCGGUUCCAAGUCAAUAAACUGUGGCAAGGCUGACUCAGGAAGAGUAGAAACUGAGGAAGUCCAGGGAUAAAAUGGAUCAGCUCAUGGAGGCUGGGGAGAAGUUGGGGCUCUCAGGGAGUGAGCUCCGACAGUUUGUGCAAGAGCAACAAGCAUUGGAGAGGGAAGAAAGAGCGAAGGAGAGGGAAGUGCAGAAAAUGAGGCUGGAAGCUGAGGAGAGAGAGAAGGAGAGGGAAGCUGAGAAGAGGAAGCUGGAAGCUGCAGAGAGAGAGAAGGAGAGAGAGGCCGAGGAGAGAGAGAAGGAGAGAGAAGCUGAGAAAAGGAGGCUGGAAGCUGCAGAGAGAGAGAAGGAGAGAGAGGCCGAGGAGAGAGAGAAGGAGAGAGAAGCUGAGAAAAGGAGGCUGGAAGCUGCAGAGAGAGAGAAGGAGAGAGAGGCCGAGGAGAGAGAGAAGGCAAGAGAGGCAGAAGAAAGACAGAAGGAGGCAGACAGGAGGCAUCAGUUAGAGAUGAAGAGGAUUGAGAGGGAGCUGGCUGCCGCCGGGCCUAUAGCAGAGCCAGUGGGGCAGGCUAGGGCGAAGGCCCCAAAGCUGCCCUCCUUCCAAGAUGGGGUAGAUGACUUGGACGCUUACCUCCUUAGGUUUGAGAGGUUCGCGGCAUCAAACAAGUGGCCGGAGGACCAAUGGGCGCCAAACUUAAGUGCCCUGUUGUCAGGCGAGGCCCUCAAAGCAUACUCGAGGCUGCCUGGUCACGAAGCUCGGAUUUACCGAACCGUCAAGAAAGCCCUCAUGGAGAGAUACAACUUGACAGAGGAUGGGUUUCGUGAGAAGUUCAGGAACAACAAGCCGGAGGCGGGGGAGAGCCCCCAGCAAUUCAUUGUUCGGCUCGAGAACUACCUGGAGCGUUGGUUGGAGCUGUCCGACUCGACAAAGUCAUACGAGAGUCUUAAGAACCUGUUUGUGAAGGAGCAAUUCAUGGACGCAUGCCCGCGGGACCUGGCGGUGCACCUCCGGGAGCGGGGCUCGGCAUCGCUGGAGGAGCUGGCCGAGAUGGCCAAGCACUUCUUGAAUGCUCAUCGAAGGGAACUUGGCAAAAAGGAGGAGGAGGAGAAGAAUUCGAAGCCAGCGCAGGGCCGUGGCCGCCCACAGCCUGGGCCCACGAGCGGGGCAGGCACGUGCUACCACUGCGGGGACCCCAGCCACUUUAUAAGGGACUGCCCCAUGUUGAAACAGGAGGUCCAGCCCUCGGGGGCUAGUUCCUUCUUUGGCGAGAUGAAGACCGGAUCUCCACCGACUGCGUUCAUCGUCAGGGGCCAAGUGGAUGGAACGGCGCUCCCCUUGCUGUUAGACACCGGCAGUACACAUACGCUGAUCCGAGAGAGCCUGGUAGACGCCAGAAAAGUCAGGCUUGACAACCAAGGCGGGAUAACUUGCAUUCAUGGGGAAGAAAGAAAGCACCCCAGCGCUCGGGUGGAGAUCCGGGUCGGGCAUAGGAGCUACAGGGUAAAUGCAAAAGUGAUCCCAAACCUGCCGCGCCCUGCAAUCGUCGGACGAGAUGUUCCCCAUCUGGCUGAACUGGUAGAGCUGUGUGCGUCCGGGAAGCAGGAGCCAUCCGUGACUCCAACAGCUGAAACGCGGGAGUUCAAUCGGAAGCCCAGAACCGCGUGCGGCUGGGAGAAGGUUUCCACUGGUAAUGGGCCAGUAUCCGGUCGCCAUGGUGGCAAAAGUCGCGGCUUUGACAGGCAGGACCGGAGCUACGGCGGAGACCAAGGAUUCAAGUCGAGUGUUCGUGGCUACAAUGGCCGUGGCAGGUCCUAUGGGGGAGGUGAGCGUGACUUGGGCUCGCGUUAUGGGGACGCCCACAGAAGGGGUCUUGCGGCAAGGCCAAAGCUUCGGUUGGCGGCACGUACCAUACCUGUUGAGAGCCCUCCGCCCUUGUCACACGGGAACUCACGGAGAGAUAUAUACGGGGACGCAAAACCUGUAGACACAGCCGCGAGGGAGCGUGAAAUCGAGGAGAAGCUGGCACAACAGAAGAUGUGGCGGGAAGAGAGAGAGCUUCUUCAGAGCUGGUGUCUGCAGCCCUGUAUCGUGGAGUGAACUCGGACUGAUGAACUGACGAUUUAUUAGUUUAGCGAUAUGUAACAAAGUUCGGCAAUGUGUAACCUUUGUUUUCAAUUAGUUCCAUUUAUCGACGUGGUAGCUAUUAUUGGUUUGUUAAGUAAGUUUCUAGUGAAGGUUAACUGUAUCGUUAUUCUAAUAGAGUUGGCGACUAGAUUUGUGAUUGAAAUGGUUUCAAUCAAGGGAAAAAGGGAGGAUAUGUGACGGGGUCAUCUAGAAUGAUUUGAGCCGGCCCGCAGAUUUCUAAAGAUAGAGCCCUAAGUAGGUCAGUGGCCAGUGGAGACGGAGACUCCCUGGGAGACAGACGUGAUCUCAGAUGCUCUCAUAGUUCUAGUCAUUGUUGUACGUAGGUUUAGGAAGCAGAUUAAAAGGAGUUCCCCUCCAGUUACGCGUUGGAGUCUUGGACUGAGUCGGUUCCCUG